UUCCUGCUCCAGGUGGACACGCGCUCUGGAAGAACCGCCGCAGGUUUCUCCCAGUUCGACCUGGUUUUCCUCUGCAGUCAGAGCUGAGGGCAGGGAUUAGAUCCUCUUGAAGCGAGUCUGAGUCCCGCGCAGGUUUUUUUUUUUAACUCACGCCUCCCACUCUGCUUCCUUCUUGUGCGUGAACGAGAAGACUCCUUCAGAGCUGCGGACAGAAUGACAGGAGAACUGAAGGACGGAACUGAGGAGGAGUUUCCGCAUUCGCCGUUCAUCCGAAAGCAGGGGAACAUUUACAAACCCAACAACAAGGACAUGGACAACGACAGUCUGAACGAGAAGGCGCUGGAGGAUGUCCACACCAAGGAGAUAGACCUGGUCAACCGGGACCCGAAGCGCAUCAACGACGACGUUGUCAAGGUGGAGUUUGAGGAUAUCAUCGCAGAGCCCGCAGGGACCUACAGCUUCGACGGCAUAUGGAAAGCCAGCUUCACCACCUUCACCGUCACCAAGUACUGGUGCUACCGGCUGCUGACGGCGCUGGUCGGCAUCCCGUUGGCCCUGAUCUGGGGAAUCUUCUUCGCCAUCUUGUCCUUCGUGCACAUCUGGGCCGUGGUGCCGUGCAUCAAGAGUUACAUGAUCGAGACCCACUGCAUCAGCCGCGUCUUCUCCAUCUGCGUGCACACCUUCUUCGACCCGCUGUUCGAGGCCAUGGGCAAGUGCUUCAGCAGCAUCCGAAUCCGCAUGUCCAAGGAGGUUUAGUGCUGACGGAAGCGGAGCAAGAGGAGGAUUUGAGGCGAUUCAGGAGGGGUAAAAAGGGUGGGCUGGAUCAUCACCGGAGGAGGGAACAGACCUCUGGAAAACGAGAGGCUGAGGGAUGUUUGGAGGUGAGGGGGUGUGCUCUCAUGGCACCUGAUACCGCAUUUCUCACCUUUUCCCUCCACUGAUGUUAUAACCAAAGGGGUGGGCACAGAAAAA